UUAUAUGAUAUACAGAUUUGAUAUAUCGAUUGAAUAUGUGUCAGGCCAUCUGGAGUGUAUUACGAUCAGCCUGUGAAGACAUGCCUUUCCAGCAUCUUCUUUCGGAUACAGUCCCAGAAUUUUAAUUGAAUAACAUACCAGUUGCUUUUGGACCUCCACUUUGCUCUGCCUCUGUUCACCAUACUGACUUUAGAUAAGAAGGGAGGUAUCUCAGUUUUACUACACAACUCACACUAAACUAGAAGAAAAGACGUUCUGAGUGCAACAACAAAGACGAAAUAUACAACAUGUCUUUGGUAAUCAUAUUACUACUACUGUUUGGCACGGGGCAAACCCAAAGAACUUCUGAUUUUAUGAUGCAGUAUUUUCAGAGACAACUCCAACAACUGGAGGGAAGAAUGAUCAGAUGUGAGCAGGACUUCCAGCAGUUCAGUCAAAGGAUGUACGACAUGUCCAAGGAGAUACACGGCCAAACAAAUAGGAUGAAUGUGUUAAGAUCAGAGGUCAAAAGGCAUGUGGACACUGUAGAUAUGCGCUUGGAUCGCUUGGAGAGGGAUGUGGAAUACCUGCACAAUAAUAUUCCUGACACAGCUCAUGUCGAGAUGGAGGACUCGCUGCUCGAGCAACAAGUUAAAGAGGCCAAACAUAAAAAGAUGGCUGGAAUUCCUAAAGACAAAGAUUGCAGUUCUGAGGUCACGGGUAUCAAGUCCCUUAAAAUUGUAAAAAAGGCUGGCGACAUCGCUGGAUCCUGGAUGAAGGAUCCAACUAAGGGUUCUUCUAAGAUUUACUUUUUUAGUGGCACUAAAAACAGUACACUUUUGGCGUAUGCCUCUUUGAAGACUUUCACGGACACAAACUCUACCAAAAAGACGGAAGUCAUCCAUCUUCCUUUCCCUUGGCAUGGAACAGGCCAUGUGGUCUACAACGGCUUUGUAUACUACCACCGUGCCGACACCAAGAACGAGAUCCUGAAGGUCCACCUCAGUAAUGGCACGGUGACCGAUCGAUUGUUGCUCCCUGCGGCUGGACUGAUGCCUGUAUAUUCCCUCAACCCUCACACCCUGCUGGAUCUCGCUUGGGAUGAAAUGGGACUAUGGUCGAUCCACGCAGACCCGGACUUUGGCGACAACUUGGUGAUCACCAAGCUGGACCACAGCAGUCUGGCUGUGGAGCACACCUGGGAUACCAACUGCAACAGCCUUGAUGCAGAAGCAGCUUUCAUGGUCUGUGGGACUUUGUAUGUGGUCUACAACUCUAACUCUGUCGGGAGGUCAAGCAUCCAGUGCGUGUUUGAUAUUCAUGAUACUAUCUACACUGAGAGCACCCCAAUGCUUUUCUUUCCAAAGCGUUACACCAGCCACUCCGCUUUGCGUUACGACCCCAAGGACAAACAGCUCUAUGCAUGGGAUGAUGGCUAUCAAACCAUUUAUAAGUUAGAUUUUAACAAAGUCACAAGAACCUAAUUGUAACAAAGUCUUCAUGGUGCAAUCCUUUUUUCAGUUUUAUAAUCACAUAUAAUCUGUUUUUAAUAUAAUAAACCUAAUUUUCUUUGUCCCAGACUGUCAUUUUCUGAAAAACAAAGAAAUAUUUCUUCAAAUAAUAAUCCUUACAAUCUCUGACCUCCUUGGUUCAGUCAGGGACUAGGCAUAUAGAAAAUAAAACAGUAAAAAAUUGCAUUAAUGUGUGGUAAUAGCAAAUAAGAUUUUUGAGAUUAUAGUAAAUGCAUUGCAUUUUAAUAAUGCAUUUUAAAAUUAUAUCUGUAAUGCAUGUGUCUUAACGAAAAUAUUUGUUAGAAAUAAAAUGUUUAUCUUUCACACCCAGCAAGCGUCUGUCACCAUGGAGUGCUUAACUUAAAAAGCUUUCUUGACGUAAUACUAUAAUCAUUUU